CAGCACAGCCGAAGCGCCGACAGCCAGUAACAGAGGCAGAGUCCUCGGCGCUUAUCGGCGGCAUCACUCCUUCCCCGCAGCAGGCCCGCCCUUAUUUAAUCCAAGCAUAUACAAGGUCUCCGCACGAGACGCAACUUCUUCCCAGGCUCGUAUCUCACUCAAGCCCGCUUCUAUUGGAAGUGAACAGUAAAGGUGACAAAAUGCUGCCCCCGUUUGAUUACUUUGACUAUAUACGGAUUCGGAACAUCAAACGACGCCAGCGUGAAGCACGCUUCGCCUCGCUCAGCCCCGAAUACCAUGCGCCUUUCUCAGCAGCGGACAAGGCAAUUAUAAAUAAACCGAUUGAGGAGCUUGUAGACGAUGUCCAGAAACAGACUAUCUCCCCUGUCGAGGUGAUCCGCACCUACGGCAAAGUGGCCGUGAAAGCGCAGGAGAAAACCAACUGUGUCACAGAGCUACUUUUGCCUGAGGCAGAGGAGUGGGUGACGUCGGAGGUGAACUUGAAGGGUCCGCUCGCGGGUAUUCCCGUGUCUUUGAAGGAUUCAAUUCAAGUCAAAGGAUUCGAUACGUCGGUUGGUUACGCGCGAAAGUCGUUGAAUCCUGCUAAAGAGGAUGGAGCUAUUGUGAGACUACUGAAAGAUGCUGGUGCGGUCCCUUAUGCCAAGACUGCGCUACCCAUGACCCUUCUCAGCUUUGAGUCCGCUAAUGGGCUCUGGGGUACGUGUCGCAACCCUCACGUUCCCGAGUAUUCUCCUGGAGGCUCGACUGGCGGAGAAGGGGCAUUACUUGCCCUUGGUGGAAGAAUAGGAAUUGGGUCAGAUGUUGCUGGUAGUGUUCGAGCUCCAGCGGCGUGGAGCGGGAUCUAUUCUCUCCGCUGCAGUACUGGUCGUUGGCCAAAAAGUGGCGUUGAUACAAGUAUGCCCGGACAGGAAGGCGUCCCGAGUGUUUUUAGUCCUAUGGCGCGUACGUUGAACGACCUUACCUACUUUACGAGGAGCAUUAUUGGGAUGCAGCCCUGGAAGUACGACUUCUCAGUCCACCCUAUCUCAUGGAGAGCUGAAGAGGAAAAAGAAGCAAGUGAGAAGGUUCUGAGAGUCGGCUUAAUGAGAUCAGAUGGUGUCAUUCCCCCAACACCUGCGAUUACGCGUGCGAUUGACACUACAGUGUCGGCACUCAAAGCUGCCGGACAUACCGUGGUGGAAAUUACACCUCCCACAGAGGCCGAUCCCUUCACUGGCUUCUGCUUGGCUUCGCAGCUGCUGAACUCGGACGGAUGCUCGACAUUCAACUCUUUCCGAUACUCGUUCGAACCAACGGACCCUGGUGCUGCCCAACUCAGCAAGAUAGCCUCCCUCCCUCGCCCUCUGCGAUAUAUUUAUUAUUUGUAUGUGCGAUACAUCCGACGAGAUGUGAAAUGGGCAACCGUUAUUCGCGGAUUCGGGCCCAAAUCGGCAGCGCAAUUAUGGCAGAUCACGGCGCAGCGAGAAGCGUUCCGCAAGCAAUGGCAUUCGUGGUGGGAUGGCGAACGGCAGCAGUAUGAUUUCAUUCUCUGCCCGGGGAAUGCGACGCCGGCUCUGCCCCACGGAGCAAUGCACGACGCGGUCUCGUCGUGUGGGUACACAUUUUUGUGGAACUUGCUGGACUACUCGGCGGGCAUCAUCCCCGUUAGCCAUGUCGAUCGGAAGCUGGACGCGCUGGUGUACGGUGGGAAACGCGGGUAUCGACAGGCAUUGAGAACGCUUGGCAGCGACCAUGCCAUGGCGCGGGGAGCUUGGAUGCACUAUGACGCCGAUAAGAUGGAUGGCCUGCCGACGGCAGUGCAGGUGGUGGGGCGGCGCUGGGAGGAGGAGAAGGUUCUGGGCUACAUGGCGGCUGUCGAGAAGGCCCUCAAGCGAGAGGGGGCGCAGUAUAGCAUUUUAGAGGUGGACUGAUCGUUCUCAAAUAUAACCGAUUGUUAGGAUAUGAAUGUCAAUAUUAAUAUUAUUGGAGCAUCA